CAAUAGGUGCACUUUUCGAGCUGAGAUCUGCGUGAGGAGUCGCACAAUCCUGCUCUUCUUGCAUUAUUCAUUAUAAUUAUUGUGUUAUCCGUGGCAGAAGCGAAAGGAUGGAUACUGAUGAUAAGCAGUCUGCCAAAAGGGGCAGUCAAAAUUUGGAUGAUUCUGGGACAUCUGGUACUCAGAAAAAAAGGAAGAAAGUAGAAUCCCAAGAGGCAUCUCAUCUUGUGAAUAUUUCUGGUGAAAGUUCUGAGAAGAAAGAAGAAUCCCAAGAGUCUUCUCAUCUUGUGAAUAUUUCUGGUGAAAGUUCUGAUAAGAAAGAAGAAUCCCAAGAGUCUUCUCAUCUUGUGAAUAUUUCUGGUGAAAGUUCUGAUAAGAAAGAAGAAUCCCAAGAGGCAUCUCAUCUUGUGAAUAUUUCUGGUGAAAGUUCUGAGAAGAAAGAAGAAUCCCAAGAGGCAUCUCAUCUUGUGAAUAUGUCUGGUGAAAGUUCUGAGAAGAAAGAAGAAUCCCAAGAGGCAUCUCAUCUUGUGAAUAUUUCUGGUGAAAGUUCUGAGAAGAAAAAAGAAUCCCAAGAGGCAUCUCAUCUUGUGAAUAUUUCUGGUAAAAGUUCUGAGAAGAAAGAAGAAUCCCAAGAGGCAUCUCAUCUUGUGAAUAUUUCUGGUAAAAGUUCUGAGAAGAAAGAAGAAUCCCAAGAGGCAUCUCAUCUUGUGAAUAUGUCUGGUGAAAGUUCUGAGAAGAAAGAAGAAUCCCAAGAGGCAUCUCAUCUUGUGAAUAUUUCUGGUGAAAGUUCUGAGAAGAAAGAAGAAUCCCAAGAGUCUUCUCAUCUUGUGAAUAUUUCUGGUGAAAGUUCUGAGAAGAAAGAAGAAUCCCAAAAGGCAUCUCAUCUUGUGAAUAUUUCUGGUGAAAGUUUUCAGAAGAAAAAAGAAUCCCAAAAGGCAUCUCAUCUUGUAAAUAUGUCUGGUAAAAGUUCUCAGAAGAAAGGGAAGAAAAAACUAACCCAAGAGGAUCAUGAAGAUUCUCAUGAAGCUGAAGGUGUGUAUCUUUCAAAAGACGGCAAAAUGCCCGAUGAAGAUGAUGACCCGGAUAAUGCCCUAAAUGAUAUGGAUUAUGAUGAUUAUCCCGACAAAUUCCCCCCAGAUCUUUUCAGCCCUUGAUAAAUGGGUCACAUAUGUUAAGCAAAAAGGAGUGUUUUUCUCAAUAUAUACUUUUAUAUUCUUGUUUAAGUAAAUAUUUUUCAAUGUUGCAAUGAGUGCUGAACGUGCACUGUGCACCCCUGAUGUCUGUGGCCACAAAGAACAGAGAAAAAGUGUGACAUUAGAAACAAAAUUAGAAAUCUUGUUUAUAUCAGUUAACCUAUGGUAAAAUUGGUUCAUUAUACUUCAUUUCACUCAAAGUUGCAGUUUCUGAAACUAUCAAUGAUGUUAAGUGACAACUUACUGUGCAGUAAUAUACUGCUUUGAGAAUGUUUAAUAUUACCAUUUAUUUUUCUUAGUUUCAUGAUAAUUAUCAAAAUAACUUUUUUGUUUAUUAUAGAAGUAAAGGAGGUAAAGGAGGUUUUGUGGGCAAGGGGUUUGGACUUCCAGCAAGCGUGCGUGAGCGUGUUAGAUAGGAGUGAAUGGAGAUGAAUGGUAUUUGGGACCUGACGAUCUGUUGGAGUGUGAGCAGGGUAAUAUUUAGUGAAGGGAUUCAGGGAAACCGGUUAUUUUUAUAUAGCUGGACUUGAGUCCUGGAAAUGGGAAUUACAAUGCCUGCACUCUGAAGGAGGGGUUCGGGAUAUCAGCGGUUUGGAGGGAUAUGUUGUGCAUCUUUAUAGGUAUAUGCUUCUAAACUGUUGUGUUCUGAGCACCUCUGCAAAUACAGUGCUUAUGUGUGAGUGAGGUGAAAGUGUUGAAUGAUGAUGAAAGUAUUUUCUUUUUGGGGAUUUUCUUUCUUUUUGGGGUCACCCUGCCUCGGUGGGAGACGGCUGACUUGUUAAAAAAAAAAAAAAAAAGUUUAUGUUUCAGUACAUUUAUAUAUUAUAUUAGAAAAUAUAUAAGGUUAAAUUAUUAUUAUAAUACAGGGGGAAGCACUAAACCCGGUGGAUUAUACAGUGCCUGGGGGGGGAUGUGGAAGGCAUUCAGGCUUAAUUUGGGGAACUGGAGCACAGAUCCAAUUCCCUAAAUCGAGAUCACCUCACCAACAUCAAGGAACCUUCUUUGAGGGGAUAUAAGUUUAAAACAAGUUAUCAUUAUCCUGCUUACCUGUUAAUGGGUUAAUAAACCUUAAAUUGUUA